UCAGCUGUUUGCGGGAUGCCCGGAGCGAGCGUAUUUUGGAAACAAUACCGCGAGGUGCAGAGUGGCCUCUUUCCGCGCCCGCCCGCUGCCGCCCUGCUUGCGCCUCCCGCCUCCCGUAACAGCCCGUCCGGGCGCCAAGCCCCCGAGUGCUCGUCACGCUGGACCCUGGCGCGGAGCCCUGGCAUCACGACUCGGAGGCUGAGACUCUCUCCUGGAGUCACCCAGGUCUGCUGUGUGUUGUGGGAGAUGGAUCCACCUCAGUGUGUGGAGGAGCUGGAGGAUGAUGUGUUUCAGCCAGAGGAUGAGCUGGGGACCCAGCCCGGGAACUUGCCCUCUGCUGACCUGUUUGCCCAGAGCCCGCUGGACUGCCCCCUCAGCCGCCUGCAGCUCUUCCCCCUCACCCACUGCUGUGGCCCUGGGCUUCGACCCACCAGCCAGGAAGACAAGGCCACUCAGACCCUCAGUCCAGCCUCCCCGAGCCAGGGUGUCAUGCUGCCUUGUGGGGUGACCGAGGAACCCCAGCGACUCUUUUAUGGCAAUGCUGGCUACCGGCUCCCUCUCCCUGCCAGUUUCCCUGCAGGCUUGCCCCUUGGUGAGCAGCCCCCCGAAGGACAGUGGCAACAUCGUGCAGAGAUACAAAUUGCCAGAAAGCUUCAGUGUAUUGCAGACCAGUUUCAUCGGCUUCAUAUGCAGCAACACCAGCAGAACCGAAAUCGCAUGUGGUGGCAGAUCCUCCUCUUCCUGCACAACCUGGCCCUGAACGGAGAUGAGAACAGGAACGGGGCGGGCCCCAGGUGAGGCUGGGCUGCCUCUUCGAAUGGGGCACCACUGAAGGACAUCGGCGAGGACUGACCCUGUGUCUUGUGAAGUUGUUUUUUGUUGUUUUUAUCUUUAAAAAUUUAUCUCUAUGUGUACAUAAGACAUACCCAAGUGGGACCUUUUUCCCUGUUCAGGGCCUUGACCAGGAAUAGGGGCCUUUGUCAAACACUGUUGAAGCGGAGGCUGGUGGGGCUCCGACGGGGGUCCUCCCAAGGGCUCUGAUGCGCAGACCCUUCAGUCAGAAGCUGUCAAAGAUGGCGGGGCAGUGACACGCUCUGACGACUGGACCAUGGUUCACCCACAGGAACACAAUUAAGCAACAGGAGUCCGGAUUCCACUCCUGGUUCCACCAAACCUGUCAGCCUUCCACCGCGGACGGGGCUGAGAUCCGAACAGUCGCACCACAUGAACCCACCGUGGCCUCGGCCAGGGGCUUCCCAGCUGAGCACAGCGGCCUCCCUAGGCCAGUCCGCCUGUAUCUGGGUUCUCACGUGGCCCAGCCGGUGCCCGCCCCAAGGGCUCAGGGAUUCUCGCCCAGCCCCUGUCAUCUCCAGCAGACCUCAGGGAGGGCUGGGUUUCUCCAAGGACCCCUCAAACAUGCCGCAGAAUGAACCAAACUUCUCCACAGGCCUCAGAUCUGACUUGGUCCCACUUGGAAGCCCCAGGAUUGGUCCUGAGGUACAGAACCACUGCCACCUCUGGCUUUCUGGAACUGGCUGGGUGUCAGCCAUGGAUGAGCCAAAUAGCCAAUCAGCGUGCUGUCACCAGCAGCUUGUGCCUUUGUCAGCUCUUCUUUCCAAAGACCCGGCGACAGCCUGUGUCCCACCCCCAGUAGCAGCAGUCUAGGGCGGGAAGGGGCAGGCCUGCAGUGGGCCUGGGGAAUGGGGCCAUCCCACCUGCAGGAGUCAGUCCCAGAGGAACCCAGAGCCCUUGGUCUCCUUGGAAACUACAUACCUCCUCCUCCUUAUCCCCAUUCCUUUUUCACAUGCAGUAUGACACAGGGAGAAGCCAGCACAGUGACUUUGUCAGCCGAAAUGUGUCUUUUAGAGCAACAGAUAACGGUGAGAGUGCAGGCCCGUCAAAGCUGGGUACCACAUUGCCUGUUUUCCUUCAGUUUCCAGCUAGGCCAGAAGGACCUGCUCUGGAACGCAGCAGGAUCACAGCUGCCUCUGAACUUCCCCUCUCUCCCUGCUGUGGUGCUAAUGGAGAGAGUUUAGAGCAGCCAGCCUGACAGCUCUGACAGCAGCAGACACAGGGGAUCUGAAAAAACAGGACCUGCUAACCAGAGACCUAGAAAUUAGCUGAUAAUUUUUGCAUAUGUAAAAAGAGGUGCUAAACAGGGAAGCAGGCCCAAAGAAAGGUGGUUUUCCUGGGCAGAGAAGACCCCGGGCUCCCCAAGGAAACAGGAGCAGUCCAGAGCAAACUCUCAGAUCUGCACAAGUCCCAGCACCUCCCAUGCUGCAAAGAGGAGGUCUGCAGUGCUGUGGGAGGCAGAAGCGUUGAUCUUCUGGAUGUCAGGCAGGCUCACUGCACAAGGGCACCUGCAGAGGAAGGUACUGCAGCAGAGACUAAAACCCAACCUGUGCUCUGCUCACCAAGUUGUCUGCCCUUGUAUAGGGCUGUGUCUGCCCAGAAAAACCGGUACCUUUCCUGAUUUGUACAAAGGUGCCAUAUGGGCUCACAGUGGCCCCAAGAAGAAGGACCUCAAACUGCAAAAGCCUUUGUUUUAUUCUACUUAGAUGUUCUGGAGGUAUUACCUCUUCGUGGCCAGAACUGUAUUCUCAGGGUAUAUACCAUGGUGUGUCUGCUAAGAUGAGUUCUUGCUUACGAGAAGGAGCCCAGAGAACAGGCAUGAGGACUGGCUCUGGAUGCACUGACUGCUGGGAAAUUCAGCUUUCUCCAUGCAUCGCCAGGCCAUUUGGGAUGUGCAGAGGACGUGUGGUGUUUUCCCCUCUCCUGGACCGAGGCGGUGACAGGCAGGCCACUGGUAUAUGCUUGACUGGAACACACAAGAAAGCCAGGAUUGUUCCUACCAACCAUUUUUAACCCCUCUUGGCAGACUUUCCAUCUGAGCUGAGUGAGAGAGCAAAUAAAUGGCCCCUACUUUGGUGCUGAGGCAAAGCCACCCACUUCAGGGACCCCGCCAGGCCCAGGAGGGCCUGUGCCCAGAACUGAGCCCAGAGUUGGACAAGCCCAUCUGAACACUGAGCCUGGGGCUGGGUGGAGCGUGGUCUGACUGCACCGGCUCCAUCUUCUGUGAAGCCAAGUACUAAACUACCCUAAGCAAGCCGGGACAAAUCUAAAACCUCCCUCCUUUCCCCUCCCCCAGAAAACCCAGGAGGUAACUCACAGAAGCAGAAUAGCCCCAGGAGGGAGAGGUUCCUCCUGGCUGCUGUUUUUAAUUGGCCUAGUGAUCUAGACCCAGGGCCCCUUCCCCCUCUGCCUGGUGAGUUGGUCUGAACAUUCCUCAAGUCCAGCCUCAGGAGUCUUGUCCCUCCCCCUGGGCCCCCUCUCCCCCCGCCCCCCCCCCCCAGCCCCCCAGAGGCUUGGCUGUCUCCAGUGAGGGGGUGGAGAAUCAGAUUUAGAGGGAGGGAGAGUCUGACCUGGGUCCUGACCUGUAACCAGCUGAAGACUUUGCUGCAGAGCUUUUGUGGUUUGCUGACAGUUGGGGGUGGGAGAGGGACUGGAAACCAACCUCCCUCCUGGUUGUAGAAAUGCCCUGGAGGAAGGGAAGCCUGCUAUUCAGGGUUAAAACAGCCCUUCCAACUCAGAACCCCAGAGCAGGGGUUUCUGGAAGCCUGUGGACAGAACUGGGGAGGGAACCCCCCAGGCCAGACGUUUUGUUCUUCCCCAGCCGGUUGGAGGACUGGGCCUGGCCUCCUGCUUUGCCUGCUUCAAAGUCCGGGCUGCUGGAGAGCUGUCCCCUUGGCCUUCUCUUGCUCAAUCUGAGGCAGAAAAAGAUCACCUCCCAGUGACCUCCCGAACCCCCUAGGGGAGUAGGUCUGUUUCCAGAGCUUAUGUGGCAGGCAUGCUCAGAGUGUCUGAGAGGCCCAGCUGUCUUGUCUCACUGUCCCCAUUGGCCAAGCCCUGCCCAAGGGUGGCUUCUGACUGGGCAUGGCAGGGAGGAUGUUGAUUGCGAUGGCUCGUCUAGGGCCUCCAUCUGCCUGAAGUCAUCUGGGAAGGAGGCUGGGGAGCCACUUGACUGUACUGGUCAGCAAGGAGUGCACUGCCCCGCGAAUGCCUGUCUUUGGGGGCAGACUUGAUGCAGCGGGGUGGGGAGAAGAGAGCAGCAGAAGCAGGAAGACUUAAAUUGCCGCUGCCCUCAGGGCUUCUGUGAAUCAGUGCUGUGGCCCCAGCUGGAGGAAGCUUAGGACCUCUCUGUGUGUAGGCAGGGACCCUUGGUGGCAAGCCACCUAGGCCAGAAUUGUCCCAGGAAAGGGUUAACUUACCAGCCUGUGAAGCCUCCUGGGGACAUUGGGCAGGGGGCAGGCAGCCCCUCGGGGCUAGCGAGGACUCAGAGCCCCGAGGGAGUGGCAGGGAACGCCCAGCACUUCCAGAGGUGCGCAGCUGAAGGUGCUCAGAGCCUGUGCAGGCUCCCAGGUUCACAUGGCCCCUCUCUGCGCGCAGGUGGCCGGUGCCUCUCUCCCCACUCUGAGCACCGCCCAGAGGGGCCCCAUCCCUGGGUCCACAGGGCUGCCAGGGGAGACCCAGUGAGAAUGUAGCAUGUUGUCCAGCUGGGAUCAGUUUCCCUGGGUUCUAGGCACUCCGCCUGUGGGAAAG